GUUGAAACUGUGAGUAAGAAAUUCUUUAUUUCGUAAUUAUAUAUAGAUAGCAUUUCAAAACUGUUGUUCUACAAAUAAGAGGAUUUUUUUAAAUUUAAAAUAGUGGUAUCAAUUUUUAAAAUAGAACAGUCAACCUUAAGUCCCUAGCUAUGUAUAUAUUUAUAUCUUAUUUUUUCUCAUUUUAGGAACUGUGGUACCUAAUUUGUUUUAUUCAGUUUAAUUAGGAUAUAAUGUCUAAUGAGUCUGGAAUUAAUGACAGCAGUAAUACUGUUCGUGGUUUUAGGCUGUUUAAUAAUUUGGGUAGGUUUGUAUUGCAACAACGUGACAAUAAUCAAGGAUUGGUAGGUGCUAUUUUGAGGCAACAAUCACAUAUAUCCCAAAAUUUUGAAUUUCCACAGGAAAUACAGAGAAAUGUAGUGCCACGUUUAUCUGAUAAUGAGGAUGUUGCUUUAGCUAGACGUAGGCAACAUGCUCAAUGUGUCGCAUCUUUACGUCGAUUGGAAUCGACUGAUCAGGCCAAUACUAGACGGCAUAAUGACACUGUUAGACAAACUGCUAGGCGUAAUGCAGAAUCCGCUCAGCAGGUUAUAAAUAGAAGGCACGUUCAUGUCCAAAGACAUGCUGCUCUUCGUGUUCGCAGAAGUGCCCAAUAUUAUAAUGUUGCACGUCAACAUGUUUUACCUAAUGUUUAUUAUUUAGGUCCUAUGGAUAAAAAUUGUGAGUAUUGUCAAGCUGUUAAGUUUGAAAAUGAAGAGUGUUUCAAAUGCUGUCAUAACGGCAAAGUCGCGCUUGAUAAUUUGUCUCCUUACCCUGAGCGGCUAAAGCAACUGUUAACAAAUAGUGAUACUGGUCAGGCAAGGAACUUUCAAGCCAAUAUACGUAAGUAUAAUAGUGCAGUUUCGUUUGCUUCAUUUGGAGCAAAUCUUCGGCCUCCUCCUGGCCGCGGACCACCAUGCUUUCGUAUUUGCGGUCAAAUAUGGCAUCGUGUUGGGGAUCUUCACCCUCCUGAGGGCCAAACUUCUGUUUUUAACCAACUUUAUAUUUAUGAAGGAGGUAGAGCACUCAAUGAAAGAAUGGCACGUCCUGAAAAUAAUGGCUGUAGAGAAGACGUGAUGCAAACUGUUCAAGAUGUAAUGAACAGUGUUAGCCCUUUUGCAGCUGCAUACAGAUACAUGGCUGAAGUGGAAGCUGAUGAAAUAGCUCAGGCAGCAGCUGAAAACCGUGUCCCAUCAGAAGUACGCAUGUGCAUGAGAGUUGGCAGUGAUCGAAGGCGAUACAACUUGCCACAUCAUGACGAAGCAGCCGCAAUUUUUGUAGGCCAAGAUGGAGCUCCUCCUGGAAACAGGGAUAUUAUUACCUACCCACGUGGAGGCAAUUUGCAAAAUAUUUCUACAUUAUCUGCAAAUUUAGAGCCAAUGGUUUAUCCUCUAUUUUUUCCAAGGGGUGAACCAGGUUGGUAUUAUGGGAUACCCCAUGUUGCAGAGCGUGCAACCUGUACUCGAAAUACUACUACAAUGUUGCAGUAUUAUACUUACCGUGUAGCUGUUCGGGAAAAUUUUAGCCCUAUUCAUUAUGACCCCAAUGAUAAACUUCGGGAUGCAGAUGACAUAGACAGUGUUAUUUCAGCCGAAAUUCCUAAUCAACAGGAACAACCUGAGCUGUUUGAAAUUAUUCGGUCGUGUAUGAUUCAUGGACCAUGUGGCUAUCUGAAUCCUAAUUCCAGGUGUAUGGAGGAUGGUGUUUGCACAAAAAACUUUCCAAAAAAAUUUUUAGUGUCUACUGUUGCUGACGUUGAUGGAUAUCCAUUGUAUAGACGUCGUAAUAAUGGAAUACAUAUCAAUGUCAAUAAUGUUGAUGUAGAUAAUCGAUGGGUUGUUCCCUACAAUCCAUGGCUCUCCAAGAAAUACAAUGCACAUAUAAACUUAGAGGCUUGCAUGUCUGUUAAAUCUGUGAAAUACCUUUAUAAAUAUAUUUAUAAAGGUCAUGAUUGUGCCAACAUUGAGAUCAAUGAACGUAUUGAUCACAAUGAGGUACAGACGUUUUUAGACGCUAGGUAUGUCAGUGCGCCAGAAGCAGUAUGGCGUCUUUUUGAAUUUAAAAUGCAUCAGCAAUCUCAUGUUGUCCAUAGACUGCCAGUGCACUUGCCUAAUAAUUAUACUGUUUAUUUUCAGCCAGACCAGGUUGAAGAAUUUGUGAACAGAGCUGAAAAUCAGGCCACUAAAUUAACAGCUUGGUUUGUGCUAAAUGGAGAGAAUCACAAUGCUCGCCAAUAUUUGUAUCCAGACAUUCCUCUUCAUUUCGUUUUCAAUAACAACAGGAAAGUUUGGACACCAAGACGAAACUAA